CGUUUUCAACACAAGUCGUGAUUAACCUAAGUGGGAUAACUGAACUUACCGGAUUUGCAAGAUUGCACUGAGAUGAUUCUGCACAUCAGACACCUGCUCUGGUUGGCAGCUCUGUGUUGUAGCCUUGCUCAACAAGUGCCACCACACAGCAUGACAACAGAGAAGAGCUUUUCGGCAAGUGGCUCGCUGGCUGGCAAGGUGCUGCUGCCCUGCCACUUCUCCAUCAUGCCAGGUUCUUCCGGCAGCACGACACAUGCUCCCUCGCAGACCACAGGAGUCCCCACUGACACGCCCUCCACCCAGAGUCCUGAUGACCAGUUGAGGAUCAAGUGGACAAAGCUGGAGGGACAAAGGGAGAAGGUGGUGCUGGUGGCCCACGGUGCAGCAGUCAAGGUGGGGCAGGACUACAAGGGCAGGGUGUCAGUCCCCAGCCACCCUCAGUCGGUUGGGGAUGCCUCUCUGAUAAUAGUCCGGCUCAGGGCAAGCGAUGCGGGGCUUUACCGCUGCGAGGUGAUGCACGGGAUGGAGGACACCCAGCACACUGUCAGCCUCAAGGUCAGAGGUGUGGUGUUCCACUACCGGGCCAGCACCAGCCGCUACACUCUGGAUUUCCCUGCAGCUGUAGAUGCAUGUCAUGCUGUCACUGCCACAGUUGCUACACCUGAACAACUGACCGCUGCCUUCGAGGAUGGAUUUGACCAAUGUGACGCAGGAUGGCUUGCUGACCAGUCAGUCAGAUACCCAAUUGUAACACCCCGUCCUGGUUGCUCAGGUGAUAUGAUGGGCAAGCCUGGAGUGAGGACAUAUGGCCUCCGCGACCCCGCUGAGCAGUAUGAUGUGUACUGCUAUGUAGACAAACUACACGGCGACGUCUUCUAUCCUCCAAUCAGCUACAAGCUGACGCUGCAGCAAGCGAGACAGGAGUGUGAGAAGCAUGAUGCUGUGCUGGCAUCUCCAGGCCAGCUGUUCGCCGCCUGGAGGGAAGGUCUGAACCGCUGUGACUACGGCUGGCUGUCCGAUGGCAGCGUCCGAUACCCCAUCUCCAUCCCCAGGCCCCAGUGUGGGGGAGGUCAGCUCGGGGUGCGCACACUUUACCGCUACGAAAACCAAACCGGCUACCCCAGCCCCACCGAUGAGUAUGGAGCGUUCUGCUUCAAGGCUAAGCUACCAGAGCCGACUACUGCCGGGCCACCAUCUGCAUUUGCAUUCACACGUGACGGUAUCACACACAGACCCCACACUUCAACAAUCAGACCCCCCUCAUACACACAGCAAGUAGGACAUUCGCCAACACAGAGGCCACACACAGCAGACAGACCUACAACUGCAGACACAGAACACAGUCCACAGCGGCCAGCUACGCAGCAGGCAGGUAGGCUGCAGUUCACAACACAGAGACCACACACAGCCACAGCCAGGCCUGAUUACACAGCCUCACCAGACAAACACAGAGCCCCCCAUGUAGAUCCAGACCGCAGCUCCCCUCACCCCACAGCCUAUCUGGCCUCCACUCCUUGGCCCGAGUAUGAUGUUGCUGAUUUUGACCCAGCCAACGUAGCGUCAGCACCGGGCAGAGGAGACGCUCUGUUCCCCAUGCAGCUCCCUCCUUUACCCACCACCCGCUCCCAGUCCCCACACCUUGACAUCGCCCACGGGGGACACGAGGGAGGCCAAGUGGGGUCUGGCAGAGGUAGCGGCAGUGGAGAGGGAAGCGCCAGCGGAGACAGCAGCUCUGGCGGGGCUGAGGAGGGGGCAGUGGUGGCCUGGGGGGAAACCACCCCAAGCUCUGAGCUGAGGCAGCCGACCCCCGAGCCAGGCGUCCCAGACAGAGGCAGAGAGCUGGGGCAAACCCCUGCUCUGGUAUACAAAGAGGACGAGACAGGAUCUGCAGCUGCCGUUACACCUCCAACAGAUAGCCAGCGUGGAGCUACACAGGCGUAUGACCUGGACCAGUCACUGGCCAUUCCUCAAGAGGGCUCAUUAUCUUCCAAACCACCUUUCCAUCUCAUCAUUGUCAAUGUGCACAACAGAAAUCAGUCAGUUGACGAUAUUCUGGAGCUCUUAAAUCAGCCUGCAGGAGGCAUUGGUGGGUCCCAGUCCCAGGUCCUUCAGAUCCCAGACUUCUCAGAGGUGGCCAGUGAAGCCAUCCAAAGCAGCGGGGACACUGACUCUGUCCUGCCUGCUCCCAUCACCAUGCCUCCAACGCUGAGCUUUAUCAAUGGAAAACAUGAGGUGACUUUGGAGCCAGAGCUACCAGAAGAAGUUAGGGGGGAUCAGUUUGAGACCGCGACUCCAAUCCAGCUUGAAGAAGAGGAUAAAGAAGAUGGAAAAGAGCAGGAGAGCCCAGCUCCCUUUGACUAUGGAGCCAUUGAAAUCCACACAAAAGAGACACCGACAGAGGAGACUAGUCCUCCUGAUACACAAACAGACACAGCCACAGAUACUGACACUGAAUUAGAGGGAACCGGUGUCAAAACACAAGACCCAGAAGAGCCGACGGCUACGAGGAGCAUGAGCUCCACAGAGGAAACCCCUACCACCCCAUAUACACCCUCACCACCUGCUACCCCCACAGACCCUGGUCACCGUGGAAUCACCCGGCCUGUCACAGAUAGUCUCUCCCCCUUUGAAGACAUGGAGGGAUCUGCAGGCCAUACCACUGAUGAUGAGGUACAUGAGGGUUCUGCGGAUGAUGCCCUGCCCACCCCAGCUGUAGGUAGCCAAUCAGGUGUGGUGACCGACGAGACAGAAAUCGGAGGGACAGAACCUCCUACUCUUAUUCCAUCUAUCAGAGAAGACACGCACUUUCAGGACAAACCCUCCACCAUGGAGACCCAGGCAGAAACAGGGGACUUUGAGGGGUCUACAUCAGCAGAGGACGAGGCAUCAGGACAAGAUGUGUAUCCACCAGAGACCCCCAUACUUUCACGCACUCUACCCCCUUCUUAUUCUACCGCCUACCCUCCACAGCAUCACCUUCCCUCAGGCCCGAGUGUCACUGAAGUCCCUCUAGCUGUACCGGCUCUUGACGUGAUGGCAGAAACAGGCUCAGGUGCAGAUCAGUCAUCUGGAGAAGGGGAGAUUUCCGGGGAGGGAUCAGGUGUUGAAACAUAUCCUGGAGAGGUCACCAGUACUUUUUUACCAGCCACGGUAGAUGUUGGAGACCACACCACGCACACAUCAGCCACAGAAGAUGUUGGAGACCACACCACGCAUACACCACCCACACCACCCACACCACACACAACCACAUACACCAAGGACCAGACCUCUCAACCUAGCACAUACACAGAGGACCGCACCACACAGAAACCACCCACACGUCCUUUUCUUGCUGCCACAUAUGAUAGAGAGCAUACCACAUUGGCUACAGAUCACUACAAACAGCCUGUAUCCACAACCCACUCUGGUACUUCCCACAGUGACCACACCACACACCCCACUGAGCGUUACCAAGACAAGACCACACAGUCCACUACAAGCUCCACAUAUCAUGCAGGCAGCCCGAUACUUUCCACCGUGUUGCCCCCGUAUCCCACUGACCACAGCACCCACUCCAUCCCUCAGUGGGCGCUGAUCCCUGAUCUUACUUCCAUGCCUCCAUCGGAGCAGUUUGAGGACUAUGAUCGAGAGAUCGCGCCUCCCCAUUUGGAGUCACGUCCUCCGGUGCCUGAGGAAGCCCAGGGCACGCAACAACCAGAGAUUUAUUCUGUGGAGGCCAGCACUGUGAAUGUCAGAGAUCUGUUGCCAUGUGCAGUCAGUGUGUGUCAGAAUGGAGCCUCCUGCUACAAGAAAGGAGAAGAACAUAUCUGUGUGUGUGCACCUGGAUACACCGGACAGUACUGUGAAACAGAUGUCGAUGAAUGCCAGUCUAACCCUUGUCUUAAUGGAGCCACCUGUCUGGAUGGGGUCAACACCUUCACCUGUCUCUGUCUGCCCAGCUACGCAGGAGAGCUGUGUGAACAAGACACAGAAGUGUGUGGAUUUGGCUGGCAGAAGUUUCAGUCUCACUGCUAUAAGUACUUCACACAUCGUCGGACCUGGGACGCUGCUGAGAGGGAAUGCCGUCUCCACGGUGCCCACCUUGCCAGCAUUUUGUCACAGGAAGAACAGCAAUUUGUCAAUCGUCUGGGCCAUGACUACCAGUGGAUUGGUCUAAACGACAAGAUGUUUGAGAGGGACUUCAGAUGGACCGAUGGCAGACCCAUGCAAUAUGAGCACUGGAGGCCCAACCAGCCAGACAGCUUUUUCCAGUCAGGGGAAGACUGUGUGGUGAUGAUUUGGCAUGAGGGAGGACAGUGGAACGACGUCCCCUGCAACUACCACCUCACUUUCACCUGCAAAAAGGGAACAGUCUCGUGUGGCCAGCCCCCAGUGGUGAAGGAUGCUCGAGUGUUUGGGGCCUUGAAGCCUCGCUAUGAGAUAAAUUCCUUGGUCCGCUACCACUGCAAACAAGGCUACAUCCAGAGACACACCCCUACUAUACGAUGCCGAUCCAAUGGCCAGUGGGACACACCCAGGGUCACCUGCAUGAGCCCUGCCACGUACCACAAGUCAUUUGCUCACAGGAACCGCAACAACCAACAAAACACUCCACAAAACAGGUACUAUAACCAUCAUGUCCAUCACACCAAGACUAAUCCAAAGUAUAUGAAACACCAAGAGCAAUAUCAGAAUCUGGAUGAUCUUCAAAGCAGCUGGGACCCUUUCCAGAGCCGCUACCAGCAGCUGGAGAGAGAGAGGAGGCAAAAUGAGGCCCAGCCACAGAAUGGUGAUCAGAUUAGACACUGAUCUGCACUAGGCCUUUUAAACCUCGCCAUGGUAGCCGACCACAACAUGCGAGCCAAAUCAGUCCAGAGGUAUAGAUAGACAGACAUGUGCACUGAACUGUCUAUCAAAAGAGCUUUUUCACAACAGCCAUUUUGACAUGAAAUAGCAAGGUAAACACAUGUUUACUGGCAUUGUGCAUUCAGGCUCAUUGGGAAGACUCUGCUAAACCUAAAUGGAAUGAAACCUUAAUUAAUGGCAUUAAUAAAUCCUGAGUUUACCUGCUAUACCAUGUCAAAACGAUUGCUGUGAAAAAGGUUUAUGGCUCGUCAAUGGGUUUGGCAAACUUCCAUUAAACACUCCAUGGUCAGUUAAUCAGGUUAAUCAGUCAUAUGGUAAUGAGGAAUGUAGUUUUAUCAUGAUUUAUUCACAAAAUGCAUCAGUUAGCUCACUGAUUACACUAAGGGACACAAACAUCAAGUCUCCCUACAUCACAAUACUCUAAACAGGAAGACCCCAGUGCCUUAAUGGCUUCAGUAAGUUGAAUAUAGUUAGUAGUCAUGCACCAAGAAGCUGGUCUGUGAAACUUUAAUGGGUCAUCAGUUGUCCACCAGCUGGAUGUUGCACUCCACGUAGCACGUCCACCCAGUGCCUUCUGUGAAACAUUGUAUUUAAUUUUGGAAAAAAAAAAAUACAUAAGGCACAUAGAGACUGAACAGUUUUCUCAUGACCAAAACAUAAUAUUUACUGAAUUGUGGUUUUAUUUUUAUAUGAGGUAGUCCGAUCGUUAAUAACUGUUUUUCGAGAAUUUAGGUAUGAAAUAUUGUUAUUGAGAAGAAUAUUAAAAACAAGCAUGAAUUCAUCACCUUAAAUUAUUGUCAUAGGAUUUUUUUUUUUUUUUUUUUUUUGGGUUGCUUUCCCAUAUAGAUUUUUGUACAAAAUGUCUCAUUGUCUUAAGCAUCAAAAAUGGUUUUAAAAGGGAAAGUUUAGAGAUCAACCUAUAUGUUGUGUGUUCUGAAAUGUACCACACAGCUAAAGAGGGAAAGCCUAUUAUGAAUGUUUGGUGUGUGCUGCGGUUAUAGGCAUGAUAUUAAUCAUAGAAUAUAGUAUAGAUAUUAUAUGAAGCCAUAUAAUUUUAACUUAUUGUAUACAUUAAAACUAUGAAUGGACUGUGAUAUUAAAUAAAGGUCAUUGAAACUGAAGUGAUUCUGUUAAUGAUGACUUCCUUGCUGUUUACAGAUGUCAUGAUGUACCUUACAGAGUAAACUUCAUGUACUACAUGCUGCCGUCGUUUAUUUUAUGUUGCACAUAACUGUCGUUUAGCAUUGUAACCCCCGAUGUUGAGCUGGUUUUGCCUGUUAAUGUGCUGUGCCUCCAAAUCACCCCAGCUUACCUUAACCAAAAUGCACUUUGAGAGACCCUCAAAGACUCUUGAUUACUUUAAACAGCUUUUUUUUACAGUACAAGAUGGAGUUCAAUUAUGGCAGUGUACUCUGAGGUAGAUGUUGCUUUUUUUGUUUGUUUUUACUACAGAUCUGGAAUCUGUUUCCUUAACCCAAACUUGUAACCAAUGAGGGAAUGUGAAAAAAAAAAAAAAAAUCUGACCCUGAAGGAGUGGUUAGAAACAACUUCUACAUGGUCAACCGGACAACAAAAAUCUUAAUCAAUGGAUGAGAUUGAUAAAGAUUUUUUUCCAUGUGAUUCUUCUGCAUUUUAUCGUUCUCGUUUGAUGUUCUCCAUACAUCUUCCAGUCUUUUUAUAUACUCAGAGUUUGCAAUUUAAAAUGUGUAUGCAAGCCUUUGUGUUUCUACUCCAUGUGGCUAAUGGGGAUACUGUAUCUGUUGCAGUGGAGGAGCUUAUUUAUAUGUAAUCUUUGUUUAAUUAUCCGUACAAGUUACUGUGUGCGUACUGUUCCUGUCCGUCAUCCUGAAUUCAGUGUCCAUUUCUACUG